AUGAUAUGCCAAAAAUUCACCUCACCGCUAGGAACGAGGGGACACCCCGAAACCGUGAAACUACUUCUUGAGAAAGGCGCGGAUGUUAACGCUCAAGGGGGCGAGUAUGGAAAUGCUAUCCAGGCCGCCGCAUUAAACGGGCAUACCGAAAUUUUGAAACUACUUCUUGAGAAAGGUGCGGACAUCAACGCUCAAGGGGGCGAGUAUAGAAAUGCUCUCCAGGCCGCCGCAUGGGAGGGGCACUCCGAAACCGUGAAACUACUUCUUGAAAAAGGCGCGAAUGUCAACGCUCAAGGAGGCGAGUAUGGAAAUGCUCUCCAGGCCGCCGCAUGGAGCGGGCACUCCGAAACCAUAAAACUACUUCUUGAGAAAGGCGCGGACGCCGCCGUACUGGGGGUUCUCCCAAAAAUCGUGAAAUUACUUCUUGAAAAAGGCGCGGACGUCAACGCUCAAGGUGGUAGGUAUGGAAACGCUCUCCAGGCCGCCGCAUUAAAGGGGCACACCGAAAUCGUGAAACUACUUCUUGAGAAAGGUGCGGACACCAACGCUCAAGGGGGCGAGUAUAGAAAUGCUAUCCAGGCCGCCGCACAGGAGGGGCACCCCGAAACCAUGAAAAUACUUCUUGAAAAAGGCGCGAAUGUCAACGCUCAAGGAGGCGAGUAUGGAAAUGCUCUCCAGGCCGCCGCAUGGAGCGGGCACCCCGAAACCAUGAAACUACUUCUUGAGAAAGGCGCGGACGUCAACACUCAAGGUGGUAGGUAUGGAAACGCUCUCCAGGCCGCCGCAUUAGAGGGGCGCACCGAAAUCAUGAAACUACUUCUUGAGAAAGGCGCGGAUGUCAACGCUCAAGGAGGCGAGUAUAGAAAUGCUCUCCAGGCCACCGCAUGGAGCGGGCACUCCGAAACCAUGAAACUACUUCUUGAGAAAGGCGCGGACGUCAACACUCAAGGUGGUAGGUAUAGAAACGCUCUCCAGGCCGCCGCAUUAGAGGGGCGCACCGAAAUCGUGAAACUACUUCUUGAGAAAGGCGUGGAUGUCAACGCUCAAGGAGGCGACGUGGACGUCCAAGCUCAAGGAGGCGAGUAUAGAAAUGCUAUCCAGGCCGCCGCACAGGAGGGGCACCCCGAAACCGUGAAAAUACUUCUUGAAAAAGGCGCGAAUGUCAACGCUCAAGGAGGCGAGUAUAGAAAUGCUCUCCAGGCCGCCGCAUGGAGCGGGCACCCCGAAACUGUGAAAAUACUUCUUAAGAAAGGCGCGGACGUCAACGUAUAA